UGCUGCCGGCUGCUAUGCCUGAACGCUAGGCUCUGGGUCCGUCCAUGCUCAAUAAUAUAUAACGCUCUGCUACGCCCCCUCAUUCAUCGUAUUUCUCUUAUUUCUCUACGUAGUACUUUCGCAAACUGACUCGCUAGUCAGAUUUCCGUCAUGGCGACGAGCGUGCCUUCUCCAGCCUUUCAUCCCACAGCUAACCUCGAUUCAUACCCCUCCGAUAUCGUCGUUACAUCUUCUGAUCGAAUCGCUUUCUACGUCCACAGUCGCCGUAUCCUCUCAGUUUCUACUAACCACUUUGCCUCUCUUCUCAUCCAACCCCUUCCAAUAGGAGGAAAGUUGAAGGUUUUCCUCCUCGGGGAAGAUUCACAGGUGCUCAACGUCGUCUUCCACACCAUUUAUCUCAAACCAUUCGGCCAAUCACCAUCCCCUGUUGCCGUCUUCGUCGCUAUUGAUGCCUUCAAUAAAUACGGAAUACCAGUAGAUCAAUAUAUCCGCCCAAAUACCCCGCUCUUCCCCCCUUUGCUUGCACACGCUGCGAAUGAUCCCCUCAAUGUUUAUGCCGUGGCUGGUCAAUAUAACCUCUACGAAUUAGCAGCUGCAGCUUCAGCACAUUUGUUGGCGCUCGAUCCAGAAGAUGUUACUGAUGAACAUGCUGUCCGUAUGGGCCCCAUUUACCUCAAGAGGCUCCUUUUACUCCGACCUGCGCGCAAACGUUUGUUAGAGGAGCUUUUACUUCAGGGUCCCAGUGAGCAUCCACCUACCCCACAGUGUGGCGUGGACAAUCAGCGUCGAACUGGGAGGCAGUGGGAUCUGAUGAUCACGAAUCUCUUGUCAGGUCCUACACCUAAUUUACCGUCCGCAACUAUUCAAGCCACCCUGAGCCCUAUCGGAAAUCACAUUGGUUGUCGUGAUUGCAAGGCUGCGUUGGAUGAGAGAAUCCAGCAGAUCGUGACUAAUUGGGAAAAAGCCCGGGUACGGUUCGAACUUCCUGAGCUAUAUAUCGUUAUGCUAAAAUACUGCAGAAAACAAUAUAGACUUAUAUUGGUGGCACAAUCCCAUAGAAUUAGCCAAGGUCUAUGGCCGCAGGACUCUGAGAAUGCUAGGAUCUAGGUGGAACGUGAUGAAGCUCGCGCUUCUUUGCCAUCAUUCUUUGUUAAAGAAUUCUGGAAGGGAUGUAAGUACUUCCUUCGAGGCUUUUUGUAUUCUUCGACUCAGACAUUUUUCUGUUUUGGCAUCGGUCACUCUUCGUAUCGUGUACAGUGUUCGUUCUUUUCUUUCAGCUUAACAAGCCUUUUUAUCCUGCCCCUUUUCUGCGAGUGGUUCGUAUGCAUAUAAAAAAAAAUCUAUCCGGUGAUCAGC